AUGUCCCAGCCGUCUGAUUCUGAUCAGACAUCUCAGCAGACGUCGGACCAGAAACCACAGCAACAGGCUGGUCAGAGCAAUCAGUCACAAGAGAACGCAGAGCAAACAGCGCCGCCUCCAGAUUCCAAUCAACCACAACAAGAUCAAGAACCUGGCCAAGCUCCUGAGCAAGAUCCAGAACAGCAGGCGGAAGAACUCCGCAAGCUAAGAGAAGCCUUCAACGCUCAAACUGAACAGGCUGUUGACCUAGAGCUUGCAAAAGUCAAGGAAGCCGUCCAAAAAGGAGAUCCACAUCAGGUCGCCAUGUCUCUCUCUGUGCUGCUAGCCCUCACCAUAUGCCCAGCUAUGCUGGGCUCCCAAGAGGCUAUCCGUCAGAGUCAGUCCAAGUCUCGCAGAGAGGAGCACAGAGCUCGUCGGUGCAACUUGGUGGUAUCCUGUGUGAAGCGAUCCAUCCGGAGCCGCGACAUCAACAACAAGCUCGUCGUCCUCAGAGAUAACAAGCUCUACAUUUCGAAUGAAUUUCCCAACGAAUACAAUGAUGACUCUCCACCAUCUGAUGAUGGAGGCUAUCCCUUUGCAGGGUACUUCCUUCCCUACCCCGAUUCCAAGUAUGAGGGCUUGGUCAGUACAAUCAUGGACGAACCUCCCAUUUUGAAUUGGAUCUACGUCGACAGGGAAACCUAUGAAGUUAAGUACGGUGUCCGUGUUGAUGCCCAACCCAACCUCACCGGUCCUUUUGACUGCACCAAGCAGGAUCGACGUAUGAUCUUCGAUGGCUGGGAGGGUUUCUGUGCCGUUGAAGAAACACCCGGUGUUUGGGCUGUCUACUUCGACUGCGAUGAUGAUGGUCUGAAGACCAAGGUACCCAUGGGUACCAGAGUCCUCGAGAUCGAACUGCUCCGACGUGAGAAGAAGGAAAAGAAACCUGCGGAGGACGAGAAGCCCAAGAAUAUGGAACAAAAGAUGGCCCAGCACAAGGCACAGACAGCGGCCGAAGAAAGUGAGAAGGCUGCUUUCCUCAAGGCGGAGCAAGAAGCUGGAGCCGGGCAACCAAAUGGUACAACAACCAGUCAAGGUGAUACUCCCAAGCCCAGCGAACCAGUCUACAGUCCUGGAUCGAACGCUCCUCCUGACCCAGAGAAGCUCAAGAAGCUGGAGGAAACGAUGCGCACCCUCAACAUCAUGAACGGGGCCUUCUCCAAGGUGAAGACCACCCCGCUAGCCAACCAUAACGCGAACAACAGCACUGCGCCGAGUGAGACAGCUCAUGACCCAGCGGGCUGGUCAGACAGCGAGAAACCGGGCGGCGCAGAUCACGAAUCGAUGACGGCUGCCAGCUCCGUCUAUAAUGAAGCGGCCAAGAACGCAAAGAAUGACAACACAAGCGAUGAUAACGAUUACAAGAAGCCAUAUGUUGAGGAAAUGAAGGGUCCUGAAGUCGACUAA